CACGAAGAUAAAGGAAGCAAAAAAAAAGGGAACGUGGCCUGCUGAAUGGUAUGCUCCAGCAGCAGAUCACGCCAACGUGCCUGGCUAUCCGUGGACUCGAGCAAACAAAGAACAACUGGCUCGGUUUUUCAUUCCAAGAAGGCAUUGUGGAAUUAUUCUUAUUUUUUUUAAUCCUCCUACCUUAGACUAACUGUGAUUCCCCUUGCUGUUCUGCUCUUACGUUAUCGGCCGCGUGUCUAUAACGAUGUCUUUAGUUUCAGGCCCAGGCAAGGGUGGUGCUCCAAACUCCACAGGCGGGGAACUUGGUGUGCAGAAACAUGUGGACUACAUCAAACACCUUGACACACGCAAAGAUGAGUUGGAGUACUGGCUCACAGAACAUCUUCGCCUUAAUGGAGUUUACUGGGGCUUGACCGCGCUCCACUUACUUGGCCAUCCCGAGGCAUUGCCCCGCGACGAGACCAUCGCCUUCGUUCUCAGUUGCCAGCAUGACAACGGCGGCUUUGGUGCUGCCCCAGGCCAUGACGCUCACAUGCUAUACACUGUCAGUGCUGUCCAGAUCCUCGUGACAAUUGGUGCAGUCGACGAAUUGGAGAAGCAAGGCCAGGGCGGGAAGGAAACAGUGGGGUCAUUCAUUGCGAAUCUUCAGGAUCGCGCUACGGGGACAUUCAAAGGCGACGAAUGGGGGGAGACCGACACUCGUUUCCUCUACGGAGCGCUUAAUGCCUUGUCCUUAUUGGGUCUCCUCCACCUCGUCGAUGUUCCUAAAGCCGUAGCUUAUGUGCAGUCGUGUGCAAAUUUUGAUGGCGGAUUCGGGGUUCGUCCGGGGGCGGAGUCCCACGCGGGCCAGAUAUUUACUUGCGUCGGAGCAUUGGCCAUUGCUGGCCGCCUUGACUUGGUCGACGCGGACCGAUUGGGUGGUUGGCUGAGCGAGCGGCAACUCGAUAAUGGCGGGCUCAAUGGUCGUCCGGAGAAGCUAGAGGAUGUCUGCUACAGCUGGUGGGUUGCAAGCAGUCUAGCUAUGAUUGGCAGACUCCAUUGGAUUGAUGGGCCCAAGCUGGCUGCCUUUAUUCUUCGUUGCCAGGAUCCGGAUGAAGGUGGCAUAGCAGAUCGACCGGGGGAUAUGGUUGAUGUGUUCCAUACUGUUUUUGGGAUCGCUGGUUUGAGCUUAUUGAAAUAUCCUGGCCUCAAGGAGGUCGACCCGAUCUAG